AUGGGGAACCGAAUCCAGUUGGCAUGGCUGCCACAGCCAGUGGUUGAACAAACAAAUUGCCCAAGGCCGAAGGGCCUCAGUUCGUCCAAAACAAAGAUACUCUUCAAGUGUUACCAUGAAACAAGCACCAAGGCUGUGGAACCAAAUAAUGGCUCCCCUUCUCCCCAUGACGAUAGUCUUGAUCUGAACGAGAACUCCGACAGUGACACCAAUGACGAGGAUGAUGACUAUUUUGAUCGCCUCAUUAAAGAUCGUUGGACAUAUUCAGACUCAUAUUCAGACUCAGACGAUGAAGAGCACUUGUGUCCAGAUAAAAAUCUUUGGUGAUUGUCUGGUUUCCUAUAAUGAUCCUCUGGCUCUUUGAGAAGAAGUGGUGCAGCUUUCCUAUUAUCCGGUUUCCUAUAAUGAUAUGUAGCUUGUGGUAUACAUGGGUAUGUUUCGUGCUUUGAGAAAAAGUACUUUCCUAUUACCUAAAUGUAUUGUUGGUCAAUGAAAUUGUCAUCCAUAACAUCAAGUGUUCCGAGGAUUUCGUAAUAUAUAUUGUUGCAAAUGUGUAAACACAAAAUUGUUAUUGUAGACUAGUAGAGUCGUGGGGUGCUACAUUCGGUUUACUGAGAAUUACUUGCUGACU